AUGACUGGCCCUGAGAAGAUACCACCACAUUUACCAAGAAUCCGCAUCCCUCCCCACGAUUCUGGAGUUUACAUAAAAUAUAUUUUCCACCGGUCUACAUACGAUCCACCGUGUAAAGAACACGGGAGUGCAUCUGAGAUUAAUGAUAGUGAUAGUGGCCUUCCCCAAGGGUACCGGUUCCACGACCUCAAGCGUCGUGUGGGAGUCCAGGCGCAACAGGGGGAUCUGGUGCUUAGUCGCACCGAUAUCCCGCGGUCGAAGGUGCGGUCGAAGGAGAUCUUAGAGCAAAAUCAUAGUGUAGCGGUCUACUACGAUGGAGGUGCUAAUGAUACAAGCUCUUCUUGUCCCGGGGGUACGGCCAACAGGGCCCCUGACUAUGCCUCAGGGGAAAUGCCUGUGGCAUGGGCUUUUUCUAGGGCUGGAUGGGAGUUUGUGUACCCUCCAUGUGGAGGAGGGACACUACGGACACGGAUUGGCGAGAGCUAUCGGGAGGGAGGUAAUGAAGCUAGCGAUGGGGGAGGAAGGGGUGUUUACAGCUAG